GGCUGGUUCCAAACAAAGCGAUUUCUGUAUGAGAAUUAUGCAUAGUUUUAAAGUUUUCCCAGAUAAAUAGCAUUAAUAAAGUUAAGUUACCCUAAACAAGUUACGGUGUACAGUAUUUGUGUUCUUUACUAUUAUUUAACUUUUUUUUUUUAUAAAAAUCUUGAAUAUUGAUUUAUUUUGACCAUUGUUAAAUUACGUAACUACUUAACGUUUGACUGCAGGUAGUUCAUUAUGGUCAAUUGUUUUGUACCAAAUUGCAACCAUUACAGCGAAACAAAAGUAUGUAAAUUUUAUAGAUUUCCUGCAAAUAAAUUGUUGAAAUUAAAAUGGACACAAAAUAUAAGGAGGUCUGACAGAUGUCCAAGUGUGAACUCCCGAAUAUGUAGCUGUCAUUUUAUUGAUGGAUUAAAAGAAAAUAAUCCAACAAUAUUCAGUUGGAACAAAGAAAAAAAAUUUUUGUUUGUUUCCCCAGAGAAAAAAAAUAAAAGGAAACCAAAACCUACCUCAAAAACAGUAGUUGCCAAUGAAGAAGAAUUACCUGAUGAAAUUGAAGAAAAUUCUUCAGAAGUAGUAUCUCAAUCAGAUAUUGAUAUUGAGUCACAGAUAAACUUAUAUGAAUCUACCAAGCACAAUGAAGAGAAUUCAGUUUUAAAUUUAAAUGUUAAGUCGGUUGGAUCCAUUAUUAAUGAAUCAGAAAAUGCCCUUUUAAAGAUUGAAAUUGAGAGGCUAAAUUCUACAAUAAACAGUCUAAAAAAACAACCAUUCUCGUUUGAAUUUAUAGAGGACAAUGAUGAAGCGAUAACUUACUAUACUAGAAUGCCUAAUAAGACUGUGAUUUGUUUAUUAUUUGAUAUUUUUAAAAAUGUUUCGAUAAAUUAUUUCUUAGGGUGGAACGUGGAAAGAAUCAGUAGAACAGAUCAAAUUUUUAUGACACUUAUGAAAUUACGCCAUAACUUUGAUUUCACAGAUUUAGGAGUUAGAUUUGGGUGUAGUCGUACAACUGUUACAAAUAUAGUAUUGACUUGGAUUCACGCAUUUCAUACUAUAAUAUUUAAGACUUUCAUGAAUUCUAUUCCGAGUCAACAAAAGAAUAAAGCAUGUUUACCCAGUGUUUUCAAUAAUUUUAUGAACUGUCGUAUGAUUUUGGACUGUACAGAAAUUUAUACAGCAAUACCAAGUAAAAUGGAACUACAAAAACUAACCUAUAGUAAUUAUAAACACCGAAAUACAUUAAAAGGUCUAGUAGGAAUUGCACCAAACGGGGUUUUGACUUUUUGUAGUUUGCUAUACCCCGGAUCGACAUCUGAUAAAGAAAUAGUUAAACAUUCUGGAGUUAUAGAUGUGUUUAAAAGUGGUGAUCUUAUAUUAGCUGAUAAAGGAUUUCUUAUAAGUGACUUAUUGCCUGAAGGAGUAUCAUUAAAUAUACCUCCAUUUUUGGGUGCACCUCAAUUUACACCAAAUCAAGUGAUGAAAACAUUGACUAUAGCUAGAGCUAGAGUUCAUGUUGAACGUGCUAUAAAUCGUAUAAAGGGAUAUUCUAUCUUAGAAUUUAUCCCUCCAAAAUUAUUACCAUAUUCUUCAAUAAUAUUUCAAAUAACAGUAGACAAUUCUUAG